GCGGCUCUCUGGCUGUGGGAAGGUGGUCCUGGUCGAAAAACACCGCACAGAAAAACAACCGACGGGGCAACUUUGCGUGUUUUUGUAGAGUCCCUUCAUCUUCUAAACAGACCAUAAAAGUGCGGAAUUGAGCCAAAAUGUUGCUGACAAAGGAAGUGAUGGAUUUGACCUGUUUGUCAUCGGGAAUAAAGUUGGGAAACUCCGAGGUGAAAAUGGAGAGCCCAGCUGAGUGAGAGUGGGGUGAGGAGGCUGGAUUUGGCAGAAGUUGGGAGUCCUGCCCUGCUGCUAGCAGGCUAGUUAGCAUGCUUAAACACUCCGCUAUCUCGGAUAAGUAAUGAGAGCUUCCCUCCGCUGUCCUCCAGCCUGUGAUUCUCCAGGGGAGCUGCUUUAUCUGACCGCUGCUGACAAUGCAGCUUCUCCCAAUGGAUCCAAGCAAAGCUGAUGAUCUGAUUUUCUGUGGAUGUUCUGCCUGAAUCUUUCUGCGUUUCUGCAAAAGGACAACCACAUUUAAACCUGUUUUUUUAAGAGCCCCUCUCCCUCCCCAGCCCCAUCACUAAUUUUCGUACUGUGUGCAUCCAUACUAACCGAUUGUAUCUCAGACAUUCAUCAUAUUACGCCAUCAGAGAUGGGGCCCUGGUAGGUUCUUCAAGGGGCUUGAGGUGCCCCCCUGCCUGCCGACUGUGCAGCCUGGCUGCGUGUGUGAGACCCACCGGCACGGGCCCCCCCUUAAAAUCUUGUAACAAGAAGCAAACCAGCAAUACAGCACUUGCUGAUGGAGCCGAGACACACAAAGUGCUUGUCCAAAAUAUAUUCAUGAACUCUUGAACUUUUUAAACUGGACUUAAGUGGAUGUAUCGGGUGUAAUCAUGAACUCUGACUGCUGAUGCCAGCUCAUCGGGGCCUGAGUGGGUGUAAUCAGCUUUAUUCAUGAACCCUCUUGUCUGAGCCUGGGUAAAGCCUGGAUGUUGGAUGCCCUGAGUGUGUUGAAUCAGCUGUUGCGGUGAUGAGGCAGGGCUCCUGGUGGCCUGUGAGGCUGACGGGGCAGUGGCCCAAGGUGAUGUGAUGGGGUGCAGGAACAGUAAGGUCCUCCCUGAGCCUCCAGGGGAUGUUCAGUUGGACCUGGUCAAAAAGGUUGAUCCUCCUCCACCUCCUCAGACAGAUAUCUAUAAGCACUUCAUACGAGGGGAUGGCACUAGGAGCAAGAUGGGUGUGGCCAGUGGAGGGAGAGGAGACAAGGCUGACUCCACCUCCCCAUAUCAGGCCCAAGCUGCCACUCCCACUGCUUCCGCCCAGCCCCCCAAGGACCCGUCCGAGCUGUCGGACCCUCAGCGGAAGAAGGUGGCAAAAUACAGAGCCAAGUUUGACCCCCGGGUCACAGCCAAGUACGACAUCAAAGCUCUGAUAGGUCGCGGGAGUUUCAGCCGGGUCGUUCGCGUGGAGCACAAGAGCACGCGGCAGCCAUACGCCAUCAAGAUGAUCGAGACCCGUUACCGGGAGGGGAGGGAGGUGUGUGAGUCUGAACUCUGCGUUCUGCGCCGUGUCCGUCACACCAACAUAAUCCAGCUGAUGGAGGUGUUUGAGACGGCGGAGCGUGUCUACAUGGUCAUGGAGCUGGCCACCGGAGGAGAGCUCUUUGACCGGAUCAUUGCCCGCGGCUCCUUCACAGAGCGGGACGCCACGCGGGUGCUUCAGAUGGUGCUGGACGGCGUCAAGUACCUCCACACUUUGGGGAUCACUCACCGAGACCUGAAGCCAGAGAACCUGCUCUACUACCACCCUGGGGCCGAUUCCAAGAUCAUCAUCACUGACUUUGGUUUGGCCAGUAGCAGGAAGAAGGGGGACGAGUGUCUGAUGAAGACCACCUGCGGCACGCCAGAGUACAUCGCCCCUGAAAUCCUGGUGAGGAAGCCCUAUACGAACGCUGUAGACAUGUGGGCGCUGGGGGUGAUAUCGUACAUCCUGCUGAGCGGAACUAUGCCCUUCGAGGACGACAACCGCAUGAGGCUCUACCGGCAGAUCCUCAAGGGGAAGUACAGCUUCUCUGGAGAGCCGUGGCCCAGCGUGUCCAACCUGGCCAAAGACUUUGUGGAGCGGAUUCUAACGGUGGACCCCAGCGAGCGGCUCACAGCUGGCCAAGCCCUCAAGCACCCCUGGAUCGUCAGCAUGGCUGCCGCCUCCUCCAUGAAGAACCUGCAGCGCUGUAUAUCUCAGAACCUCCUGAAGCGGGCGUCCUCACGCUGCCACAGCACCAAGUCGGCCCAGUCUACUCGCUCCAGCCGCUCCACCAAAUCCAACAAAGCCCGGCGGGUGCGAGAGAAGGAGCUGCGCGAGCUAAACCGGCGAUAUCAGCAGCAGUACAACGGCUGAAACGGGGGGCGACCGCAGACUGCUUUUGGGGGGGAAACAGCACUAGUGACUGACCUUUUACAAUGACUACCACCAUUCGAAGUUGCUGCCAGUGUUAGAGGCCAAAAUGGCUUCAUGUCCCAAAUCAUAUCCUUAAAAAUGAGGACAAUAACGUGACUUAAUCCAUGACUAAGGUUGACUGCUGCCAGUUGAGACUAUUGUCAGAAAUGAUCAUGAAGACAAUGUAAUCUAUGAAUUCCUAUGGCAGCGUGUCUCCUGAUGAGCACAGAAAAGGACACACCAGUAAGGUUUUGAAGUGUUACAUCAUCUCUCCAUCCAUUCCAUCACUUUCUGUCUGGCAGGAUGGUGCCUUUCCCUCCUUUUGCUUUUGUUCUUUCAAUCCCUGUGUCUACAUAUUUAUUUAUUAUUGUUGACAUGAUUAUUAGUCUCCAUUCAAAUGGUCACUGGAUAAUGACCUUCCACGAGGAUCUGUUGAACAGAGUUCUGGGUACUGAAGUUUGUAAGAAGAAAGGGAUACUUUAAGAAGAGGGGAAAACAAAUUCCCCUCACUCAUUCCUGAUUGAAAAUUGCUGUGAAUUUAUUGUUGUACUAAUUGUACAGACCUUGUCUUUAAGAUGUGGGUUUCGGAAACACACUGCAACAACAAACACGCUUAGAGUUCAAAAUGAAGGCGUAUUUUUUUGUUAGUCAGUUCUAAGCUUAUCUAAUCUUGCCAUUGUUGCUCCGGUAAUAUCAUCGUUCUAAAGCUGUCAAAAGAUUGUGAAGCUGUUUUGUGUCAGUGUUAAAUCCUAAAUGUAUUGUACCAGACAUUAGGCCACACAGCCCCCCUCCCAACGAUUUAUUAGAUCAGUACAUUGACUCAUGAAGUACCUGCUAUGAUCUCUUCCUGUUGUAGAGCAGUACUCCAAUAAGUCAUUAGGGUUCAAAACCCUUUUGUGUUGGUGCAUGUUUAUUACGUGUUGCAAAAGCUCAAAUUGCCUUGACCUGGAAUGAUUUAGAACCAGGCCUGAUAAGUGGUAGCGAUGUGUACGCGCUUCCCAAGAAAUAUCAGCCCAGUCAACCAGAUGGUGGCGCUGUAAUGCCAAAUAAUUUACAUCGUAAGUCUGAUUGACUAGAAAGUGGACACACAAUGCGCUCUACCUGCUGUGGAAAACCAGUAAUAUGAAUAGAACGAAAGAAGGAUUUUGACUGUAUAAACACCAUAUUGGGUACACAGCAUUACGUGAGAUCCAUCGAAAAACAUGGCAUCCAUCAAAAAUGUGUUUGCAAAGGGCAGACUGAAGCCUUUUAAACUCGACCCAUAGAGGGUGCCACAAAGGUAAAAAACGGUGGGCUAGAAUUUCAAAAAAUUCCACUGUGCAUGCUCUGGGGGCGAGUAUUAACACAAUCUGAAGGGCCAUUUUGAUUGGUACGAGUGGGCGUGGACUAUCACAUAUUUGUUCAUAACUCUAAAUUUCUUUGAACAAUCCCGAUGAAACUGGAGACAGUGCCACCUCCGGUUAAUACACACCAGGUUUCAUUCAAAUCAGAUGAACUGGGGCAAAUGGUGGAAGUGCACCACUAUUGAACCGCUACAGGCUUUGUGAUGAUGAAACAAGCGUGUGAUUGGUCUCACUCCUUCUUUUAACAGAAUCGAACUAGCCAAAGUGACUUUGCUCGGCAUUGUGAAGCUUUCAUUUUUGCCGAUUGAGCUGCAUCAGCAUGGUGAGCGAUAUUUGUAUUUAAAACGGUAUGUGGUCAUUUAGGGCGUUGCGUGGUUUUACAGUUUCAUUGUUUAUUACAGUGGGAGUGGCACACGUAUGCAACAAUGACAGCAAAGAUCUUUGUUGUAGAGAGCUGCCUCUGGUUGCACUAGCUCUUUGAAAGUUCGAAGUUGGUUAUAACAAAAGUGGAGAUUGACACGUCACCAAAUUAAAAUGGGUUGCACCACGCAAAUAUUUACUCCAACCUGUUCGUAGCUAACUGAACCCACUGACAAAGCUAACAUUAGCUUGCUAAUAUCUGACCCGUAUAGACUGAAGAGGCGUCUGAAGACUUAAAAUUACAUUUCACAUGAAUAACACUUAUACCUUAAUUUACUAAAUGUUAUGCCAAAAAUGAUGCUAAUUUUAGCUAGGUUAGCAUAAUCGUCUCUUUGUCACUCACUCAGAAGUGCAUAAACACUGCUAACUCUGAAACAUGAAAUAUAAAACAACCAGAUUAAGUAAAUCACUUAAACAAGCUAUUUGUUACAAUAACUUAUGACUCACAGACUCAUUAUUGGAUUUAUGAAUAGCCGGUGCAAUCCAGGCAUCUACCUACCAUGAGAGUCCUACCAUGUUUUCUAGCUAGCCUCUAUUCCACGGACAUUUGUUACUCAAUGGAUUUUCUCAGAAGAACAUACCGCAACAUAUCAGCCAUCGGCAUGCUGUCACAGUAAUUGUUUCUUGGUUAAAGUUUUACUAGCCAUUGUCAGUAGUUGGCCAUUUAGCGCAGAAUAUGGAGAGAAAAUCCAGGAACAUGAUUCUGUUCGUGGAACAGAGGCUAACCAGGAGAGGGUCGACGUCAACAAUACAAUGUACAGUAUAAAUCUGUAUACUACUCUUAUGAAAUGAAGGAACAUUGUGAGAAGCAUGUAGAUGUGAAUCAAAUGACCGUUAGUAUGUAUGAUUUAUAAAAGAUUCUGAAUUACAGAACCACGCAACCAAUGCAAUCUUAUGUACAAGUUUUCUUAAGAUUGGUUCGUAAGUGCACUUAAAUCUGAAUACAUCUGGAAGGCUUGCUUAGAGAUGAGGUCUAGUUUAUGAAAUCCACAGUAUUGAUAGUAAAAUAGGUUGUAGCUCUCUUAUAUUCUGCACUGUUUUAGUUCUGCCUUUUUCAGUCUGAUUCAUAACUAGUCCAAUGCAGUCCAAUAUAUAGUGUGGAUGGUGGGCCUCCUUGCAGUAGGAAGGUUUUGUGACUUCUGCAUUACUCAGAGCUGUUGAUGUAAUCGCAAUAACCUGAAAUGAGAGUAGACUAGGGAUUUUGGUUUUUGUCAUAUUGUAUAAUUGAAAUGGUAAAAUGCUGCAUUACAGUAAAGGGAAUUUUCUGAACUUAUUAAACAGUGCAAGCAAAGUGAAAUGAAUAAUAAAUGCGACUGAUUGUUUGGUCAUCCUAUGUUUAAAUCAUGUUUAAAUGAUUGAUUGCGAAUGAUUCAUCCCCAACAUGGUCAAAAUAAUGUGAUAUUUGAUUAUUGAAUACUUCCCAAAGGUAGCACAACUUAAAGCUUCAGAAAGUUCCUCUGAGCUUCAGAUUUCUUUUAUCUGACAAAGCACUUCAUCUAUACAGUUAAAUUCAAUUUUCCUCUGCUUUUUUUUUUUUUUUUUAUGUAUUUUGUCCCUUCAGAGUAAAUCAGUUGCUACAGUGUGGUCUUUUCUUCUUUAUAUGAGCAUUUUGCUGUGAUCUACCCCAGACUUUUGAAGUGUGUUGCUGUUGUGAACUUUUUAACACAUACUGGAAACCUAAACGAGCCAUGUCAGCUGACCUCAGUUCUUCCUUUCUUUUUGACCUUUGCUUUUUCCAGGAUACUCUGAUAUCUUUCUGUUAUUACUCUUUCCAUUUUCUUUGAUGUCAGAUUUGAAGUCUUUGUCCCACUGCUGUUAUCUGUCCCAAUGUCUCUUGAUGGGAUUAAAGUACUUAUAAAAGACCUUAAGUGACACAUUGGAACUGGUAUUGGUACAUUCAAAUCUUCACUGUGUACAUUUUGAUAUACUCUACCCAAAAUGUGUUUAAUACCAAACGCAUGCACUCUGUGCCCUUGAAAAGGUUCGUUCAAAAAGUGCUUCACAGACAAAACCGCAGUGGUCAUGUUAAAGAUUUUGGAUGAAGUAUUGGAUUCAGUUUAAGGUGUCAAACUUCCUGCAGCAUGCAGCUUAAUGAGGUGGCCUUAGUUCUGGUAGAUAGUUCAUUGAUUGCUCCUAGAGCAUAGCAUCUAUGUGAAAUAAACAUUUGUAACCCGUUAUGAAAUCUUCACUCUUAGGCUCACAGUCACAAAGUAAUCAUUUGGACUCAAGGAAUUGCUGUGGUUGAAUUAGUAGGAACAUUGCUGAGUGCCUAGUGUAUACCAUGUUCAAUGAAUAACCAAAUCAACUGUUUUUGCAGUGUCAGCACAUUUGUAAAAGUGUUUCCUGUCAUGUUUUUAUAUAUCUGUGAUUUUAUAUAAAUGCUGUCGUCCUAAAUGAAGUAGCCAACUCAACACUGUUACCUGAAAACAGUCGUUCAUCUUUUGUUAUUGUGUGUCUAAAUGAAUGAUAACACUUUGAUUCUUCUACCAUUAACGUUUUUUAUUUUUUUAAACGGUGAGUUGUAUGUGCCAAUAAAACACUCGAACCUGAA